AGGGUUUUUGUACGAAACCAACUUGGUGCCCACAGUUGGAUCAAUGAAGAGCUUUGGGUUUUAUCCCUGAGAGAAAAACCUCAGUGUUCGGAUAAGAAGAAAACCGAGAUGGUUGGGCGGAUCUUCGAGCGUUCAUCCUUGUUAGUAGUCACCGUGCUCCUCCUCAUCUCCUCCGCAGCCCACUGCUUCUAUCUUCCCGGCGUUGCUCCCUGCGAUUGAAAUUCUACUUUCUGUCAAAGUGAACGAAUUGUCAUCUACAAAGACACAACUCUCUUCCGUGCCCAGGUGCCUCAAAAACUUGAGACGGACACAAGAUCAGUGAAGGCCAUUGCUCUCCUUUCGAACCUCCCAGGAUUCCCCAUAAGGCUAAACAGUCUCAACAUCAAAAAAUCGUAUCCAACAGCAAUGGGGAACCCAGAUACAUAUUGUUGCCAGAAUUGUGGCAAUGUGGGGCUGGAAGAUGGUGAUGAUGGCUUCUUCUAUUGCACCCAAUGCAACUCACAAGCCGAGGACUUCAUGGACACUGGCGUGGCAGAUGAGGACUUCCUUGACCAGACUGGUAACCCAUUUGGAGGCCUCUACUCUGCUCGCCACACUCGUCGCAUUAACAGCUAUGUUGUCAAACCAGAGCCCCUGUCCCAACCAAUUGAUGAUUUCACACCUUAUUCUGAGCCAUUUAGUCCAAGCCAAGCUAAAACAGAAGAUCAGGAUCCCACAGGGCUUAAGGAGUUUGCAUUCAAUGGGAAGGAUAUUGAGGAGGACUAUUAUGGAUGGAUUAGGCUUAGGUAUGUGAUGGGAUUGCAACGGAUGAUUGAGCUUCAAUGUGAGGCUUUGGUCACAGAGUUCAAGGUAACUCCCUUGAUAUGUGGUUUGGUUGGGACCGUUUGGCUCCGUUUCUUGGCUGGAACUCAGGUUCUCAAUGAUGAUUGUGCUGAUCAGACAUCUUACUUAAAUGAGUCUGAGAUCCCCCAACAAGGAGAAUCACUUGAAAGUUUGAAGACGCUUUCUAAAAGCCAUGCACCACAUCUUGCAAAGUAUGACCCUCAAGCAGUGAAGGCAUGGUUCAAGUCCUUGAAGAAGAUUCUACCAUUAUCUUAUACUUUAGCUAUUUCUUUUCUGGCUUGUCAUCUUGCUAGGGAAGCAGUCCUGCCAACCGACAUGGUAAAAUGGUCCCUAGAAGGAAAGCUCCCAUAUUUUGCUGCUUUUGUUGAAAUUGAAAAUGAUCUGAAACAGUUUGGACAGCCUUCACGUGCCUGCCCAAUAAGUUCAAGCUUGAUGUUUAGGCCUUCUGAAUCAAUUCCAGUGCAGAAGCUGGAAUCACUAGCAGCAUCUGUUGCUGGGUCCAUAGGCUUGGACUUACCUCCAGUCAAUUUCUUUGCCAUAGCUUCCCGCUUUCUAAAUAAGUUAGCUCUUCCGGUUGAAAAGAUUCUUCCUCAUGCGUGCCACAUAUAUGAGUGGUCAAUGCCCCCAGAGUUAUGGUUAUCUACAAAUGAGUUGAGGCUUCCUACCCGUGUUUGUGUCAUGUCAAUACUUAUUGUAGCUGUGAGAAUUCUUUAUAAUAUUCAUGGUUUUGGAGAAUGGGAAAGAAGUUUGUCCAGUUGUCAUGCUUCAUCCUCCACAUCUAAUUGUAGUGGAGAUGAGGAGCCCAGAUCCAGCUUUGAAAUGAAGGAUGAUGCUGAUAAGGAGUCUGAUGGUCUGCCUCACAGUAAAGAUGAUUCUGAUACAAACUUCGAUAAAAGCUUCUCGCAUGCACAUAACUCUAAGUUGGAUGCCACAGAACUUUUGGCCAAACUUGAAGCAAGAUAUAAUGAAAUCGCUGAUGACUAUGAAUAUUGCAAGGACUUGCCAACAUAUCUCCAGUUUUGCAAGGAUACAGUCUUUGCUAGAUCAGAACCAUUGCGCAAGGAUCCCAAGGAAGAAAAGCUAAUUGAAACUUUAUGGAACAUCUAUCAAAGUGGAAAGGAUUCUGAUGCGGCAGUGGAACAAGGAUUGCACUGUGGUAGAACUGAUGAACCCAAAAGACUGAAAUAUAAUGAAGAAUGCACCAGCGUUCCAUCUUGUGAAGAAACUUUUCUCGCAGAUGAUCAUCAGAGGAGCGAAAAUGGUGAUCAUUUUUGUCAUAGCUCAGAGGUGAAUGACCAAGAGUCAGCUGAGACUUUCAAAGAUGAAGCCAUUGGUCAGAUGAAAUUAGACAUGGAGGAGAAGAGGUUCUGUUAUAUUCCUCCAAGGGUGAACCCCAAAAGAUUUGAUUACCUUCACUACGUGAGGAAGCAGGAUGACGGUGCCUACACUUAUGCUGCACAUGCUGACUACUACAUACUACUUCGUGCUUGUGCGAGAGUUGCCCAAGUCGAAACUCGGUGUAUGCACAUUGGGGUGUUGAGCUUUGAGAGGAGACUGGCUUGGUUGGAAAAGAGAAUCGACCACUGCUUGCACUUGACCCCUCCUAUGAUACCAUGUGAGUAUUGUACUGACAGGGUCCCCGAGAACAGUAAUGAUGCAGAAACUGCUGACAUGGUUCCUGAGAGCAUUACUGCUACAGAAACUGUUGUUGAGGAAUCGAUUGGACUUUCAAAUUUGAAUAUAUAACUAUAUUUUUUUUCCUUCUUUUUGCAAGGCUAUCAGGUAUAUUUUGAACGUCAAGUCCCAAAUGUAAGUGAGGCUUACGAAAUGCAAUAUGGUUCAAUGAGAUGAUGCUAAUUUCACAUUUAUAUUUAUGCUGUCCUGUAAAUACAAACGCAUUUGAUCUGAUAUCAGUGUAGUCUAGAAAAUACGAACCAGUCGUGUAAGGACUGAGGACUGAGUCGUAUUCAGCUGUGCACACCUUAAUCUUGUUUGACAUAUAAGUACAGAUGCCAAAACAUACUCAGGUUGAUUUAAGAAUACAACGCUGCAGAGUAGAGGUAAACUGUGAGCAACACUAUUACGACAGACAUGAUGAAACAUAGAACCUGAAAGAUGCGUAAGAGAUGAAUUUGAUAUGUCCUUGUGCACAUGGGAUGUAUGUGGAAGUGGAACGACCAACUGUCAUUGUUCUAUGUGUACAUAACAGUGUCAGCCUAGAUAAUGUUACUAUUAUGCACAUUGUUUACUACGUAGAUGGUUUCAUCUAUAAUCAUGUAGACAAUUUUAGUGAUCCGAACAUUUAUUUGGAUCGAUUUUAUUUUUGUGAUUCUCU